AGUGAAAAAGCCGCAAGACCCGUUUAUCAAAAGCAGAGCGAGUGAGGGACAGACACUAGUAGAAGAUAUUUGAGAAAGUAGAGAGAGAAAGUGAAACGCACACACUGAGUGAGUGAGCGAGUGAGAGAGAGAGAGGAACGCAACGCAGCAAUGGCGGUCUCAGCCUCAGUCUCCAUCAUAGCCGUUAUCACUUCUCUUCACCUCAUCGCCUUCGUUCUCGCCGUCGGCGCCGAGCGCCGCCGUAGCACGGCCAAAGUAACAGCAGACGAGUACGACGAGAAAACCUACUGCGUUUACGGCACCGACGCAUCCACGGCGUACGGACUGGCGGCGUUCGGGCUGUUGCUUAUAAGCCAGACGGUGGUCAACGGCGUCACCAAAUGCUUCUGCUUCGGCAAAGGUCUCAUGGUUGGUGGAUCCACUGCUUGUGCCGUCUUCUUCUUCGUCUUCUCCUGGGUUAGCUUUUUGGGAGCAGAGGCAUGCUUAUUGGCAGGAUCAGCAAGGAAUGCGUACCACACCAAAUACCGUGGGAUCUUUCGCGGGCAGGACUUGUCAUGUGCCACUCUGCGCAAAGGCGUGUUUGCUGCCGGUGCAGCUCUUACAUUAUUGUCAAUGUUGGGCUCCAUCCUUUAUUAUUGGGCCCAUUCCAAGGCUGAUACUGGUGGAUGGGAGAAGCACCAGAAUGAGGGACUUGGUAUGACUAGCUCUAAUAUUGCAGAUGAUCGUCAUCAACAAAGAACUAGUGAAUUUGAGAAGGUCUAAAGGUGGAUCAAUCAGGUUAGUCGACUCAGUUUUGGUGACUUUUAUUGAGAAAUGUGAGAAAAACGAUCGAACCAUUGAGCUUUGUACUUGUGUUAUUGUAUACAUAAUGUCAUAUAGCAUGUGGGAAAGCAAUUUGUGUUAUUAUGUUUGUCUAUAGGAGAACCCGAUUGUCUGAUGCUUGCAGUGAACUCCAUAUUGUGAAUGUUUAAACCCAGAUUUUCCAUCAA